AUGGUCGAGAUCCUCACUCCUCUCCCUGCUCGGCCGCCCACUCCUCCAAGGCCAGGCUCUCGUGUUGAUCAAGAUCGACCUGACUCUCCAGUCGCUGCUCAAACCCCCGGCGAGCUAUCCAAACCAGACUCCAGGGCUCCUCCAUCAAGCCGCAGUUCCAAACGUGUGACCUUCUCGCCAUGCAUCAAUUACACGACUCUGGACACCACGACACAGUCGCCGCGGUUCGCCAAAAAGUCCAAGGGAUCGAAGACGAAGGAGAGCUCCAACGUCAGAAGUCCACUCUCAACCGCAAACCGGCCGUUCAAGUCCAUCCUCAAAGAAACCAGCUCUCCAAUCCCCGUGUGGUCGCCUAACGUUGACACCUUUACUACUGAAUCGCUCGCCAUGCUCCUCGAAUCUGUUAUCCAGCAAUUGGCCGGGGAUUCCAUCCCCUCUCGACUCGAUGCGUACAUGCAGUUUUUUGGUGCUUUGCGGACAUAUGAGGGGUUGCCGACGGGGAAAGACAUUGCGGACAAAUUAGGCCUGAUCACGGAUUUCAUUCAGCGUGAUGUCAGUCGAAACCUGGUGGAUAGCGCACCGUUGGAUACAAAUCUUGCCAAUCAGGCUCUGAAGCUCUGCGCUGCUUUUGUCUGGCAUGACGUUAUCUCGAAACUAUUGACAGAUGAUUUCAAGGUCUUUCUUGUGGAGCACGCGAUCACCUGUCUCCAGGAGGCCAAAGUGCCCAAGUCUGUCUUGACACAUUACAUGUCCAUCUUGACCACACAAAACCUUGGUCCCAAGGUCAUGACCGGUGCUCGAGUCACUCGCAUCCUCAUAGCCUUACAAGAUGUCACGAAGCGCGUCUCUGGAAAAGCAAUUGCGCUGCACCGAUUGAGUAUAUAUCAGCGCCUUCUCAUUCAAUCCAAGUCCACAUUCCUCUCCCACUCUGCACUUUGGGUCGAGCACUUGAUCUCCGGCCUGCUUCAUCAUCUGAAGGAUACUCGAUCUAAAGCCAUCACCCUCGGUUUCCAAAUAUCCAUGGCAGCGGGCCCGAGCCCCGCCGUGUCCAAGAGCAUCCGAGAGCUCUUUGAUCGACCUAUUGAUAAUGACCGGAAACUUGGCACUGAGAUUCGCGAGCGUAUGUCAAGGAUGAUGGGAUCUGUUGAUAGCGGAAUCCAUGUUCCGCAGAUCUGGAGUAUCAUCGUCCUUCUCCUCAGGAGCAAGAAGAGGAAUUUAGAUCAGUGGGAACAUUUCAAGGAAUGGGUUCUUGUUCUGCAAAAGUGCUUCAAUUGCAGUGAAUCAGCCAUCAAGACACAAGCCAUUGUGAGCUGGAAUCGGUUCGUGUAUGCUGUCAGCCCCGAUGAAUCCACUGGUCGGUCCUUGCUUAGAUUGUUGGGCAAGCCGGUUCUCUCGCAGUUUGAGAGGAAGAAGUCUGAUAAAGCUGGGUCGCCACCCACACAAGUUGCCUUGACCAGCUAUUACAAUCUUCUUUACUACGCUUUCCGUCCGUCUCCCCCUCACCACUACCUCGAUAUGAUUUGGGAGGAGUAUGUGGCUAUCCCAUCCGCAAGCACAUUCUCAACAGUGCCAGUUCUUAGCAACAGUGCUUCGCGCGUGUUAGCAAACCUUUUGUGGACACAACAAGCCAAGGUUUGGACAGAGAAUCGAAUUAAUGACACCAACAAGAUGGAAGUGGAGGAGCUUCCGUCAGUUGACCCAAGAUGGAUACGGUCGAGAAUUCCCUCGGUCUUGAAGGUCUUUGACUCCUUGUUCAAAUCAUCUGUCUGGGAUGACACUGCGCUGGAUCGUUCAAACAUCGCCACGGCCUGGAAUUGUCUUGCCAGUGCUCUGUCUCUUGCAUCAAGCAAAGAAAUCACACCAUCGGGAGAGUCCAUACAGGCUGUUGCCAGCGUUUUUGGGCUACUCUAUCAUCUAUGGGUUGCCGGACCGUCAUCUUUGAAUGCCGUCGGCGAUGGCUGUGUGGACAUCUUUUUUGAAAGAUUCCGAUACCUUUCGACAACAACCAUCCUGUCGCUUGGAGGUAUUCCAUUUACUGAAAAACUCCUCCUGAAAACCGCCGAUGAAACAUUCCAGACUGCCAAUAUUCCGAUACAUCGGAACUCAGAUCCUAGCACCGAUAUGGAUAGUCCUAUUCUUCAUCUUUUGCGAAUAGUCAGGACUACCACCAUUGCAGUAGCACCGUCUUCUUCCUAUACACGCCUGGUUGAUGAGACUAUAGGCGCAUCCUGCAAUGGUAGGAUCUCGCGCGGGUCUCGUCUCGAACUUCUGCAACAGUGUGCAAAUUUCAGUAUCAAGGACUCGGCCUCUUCUUCACAUCACAUGCAGGCUUUGCUUUCUGAGGAAGUUUGGAAAUCCAGCGCCCGAGCAGCUGCAGAUGCAUUACAGUCGUUCCCAAUCGAGUCUGCUCGCGAGCGUGAUGGCUCCGUUUCACGGGACUAUGACAAUGUUACAAAGAUUCUCGCUUCUGGUUUGCAGUUCCCCAAUGCUUUCCAAGAGUGGUCGCAUCUACUAGAAGCAUUUGUACACGUGGUUCGGACAGAAAAGGGCGACCGACUGUUGGCCACUCUGAUCGUUGAGCCCGUCGCGGAAUGUCUCAUUCAUCUUUCCAUUGAGAACACCUAUCUGCAUUUAAAAUCAAUACUCAAGCACGCCCUUUCUAUUCCGUUCAUGAAGGAGACCGGACUGGGAAUUGAGAAUACUGUUGCGCAACAGGAAAGCUCGCCACCGAUUCCAGGGAAACUGUUGGAGGUGGUCGGAGUAUAUCUGCACAAAUCAUACACUCUUUUCACUUCCUCGGAGAACCAUGGUCUUGAUGAGUUCCUCGAAUCGUUGACGUCUUUCGUCGGCUCUGGCAUAAAUCAGUUCCGCUCUGACGUUCUCCAAAUGUUGCAAUUGCCUCUGGGUGUCUGGGUUAAAGAUUCAGAGUACAAAUUCGAUGUAUCUCGUGGCGUCAAUAGCCGAACCUUGACUGCGACUCGGGCGCUUUCACAUCUCGUUCUUAACGUUCUAAACACUUGCGUUUAUGAUGACCUCUCGAGUUACAAGAAAUUUGAGUCUAUCAUCUGCGCUGGGCUAGAGUCUUCUCACAUGUCAAGAGCCUUGAGGUUCCUUGACUUCUGGGAAGUGUCGGACUCUGCUCGCGAUCCCUUGUCCGAGUCGACUCCUAUCAGAGCUUCUGCAUACCAAGCUAGAUCUCGACUGAUUGCCUCCAAUUACAUACCGAAAGACUACGUUGUCCAGAAACCGAAUUCAAUACUCUCAAAGGAUCAGCAAACCAUCAGUCUUCCUCCAUCACCUAAUAACUCCUCACCCGUCAUCGAUCAGAAUCUAUCGCAUGUGGUUGAAAGCAUGGAGCCAACUGAACCCUUGUUGCCCGAUGCGCAACCUGAGCUCAGAGAGGACCGGAUUACUGACGACAUCUCAAUUGUUCCUUAUCCGGCCAGUCGACGUGAAGUGUUCCGCAUGAUUGAAAACAUCCAGUCUUCUUCCCCAGCGAAUACACCCGGAAGACUGGGCUAUGACACACCUGUCCACCUGCGCAGGCUCCAUAACUUGCAUGGAGGCUUUGAACUUCCGUUGACACCAACCCUUGCCCCGGCGGAGAACGAGGACGGGUUCGUCGGUUCAUCACCUACCCCUGCAACCCGGGAUCCGACUCCGGCCAUGAACUCCGAUGCUCCUGUGUUGAAACCUCAAGAUCUCGCUAUGGAUGAUGCGCCAGAUCUUCCAUCGUCGCCGCCAGAACUCGGUUCCCGCAGUCCCAGCCCACAGAAGGUCUUGAAGCGUCAAAAAGGCUCACGACGGAGAGCAUCAAAAGCCAAGCGAGCGAUGCAACUUCGUGCUGCCGGGGAGCAAGGCGCUAUUAGCAGUCCCGCCCAUUCCAGGCAAUUCAUAGAGACUGACUCAGAACCGGCUCAGGCCGAUGCUCCUGAAGAUCCCAAAGAAAACGAUGCUGUUCAAACGAAUGAAAUGCCACCCAGCCGCCGCACGCGGUCUGCACUAGGCUACAGCACGGAUAAUGAGCGAAACCCUAGCCCAACUGCGUCAUUCGAAACACCUUCUAAACCUACCGCGUCCCCCUCUAUGCAGAAUACGAAAUCCAAAUCUGGUUCCAAAAAGAAGAGAAGGAGAAAGUCAUCCAGGCCAAACAGCGAAGAGACCCAGCAAGCAGGACAGUCCGACGUCGAUGGCUCUUCUGCUCCAACUCCAGCUCCAGCUCCAGCUCCAGAUUAUUCUGUCGAUUCUUCUAGUGAGGACGUGGAGACACAAAUCGCCUCCCAGCUUGGACAAGACUUGGAACUCGCAUUGGACUUGGGUGAGCACAUGUCCGACAAGCAGCAUGAGGAGCCACAGCGCUCGCCAGUCCCCACAAAGAAAAGGAAGCGUAAUGAGGAUGAAUCUGGUGCGUCCACUGCAAAGGAUCGGCGUCGAUCGACUAGGCUUUCAUCGACUAAGGACACCGGUACCGUUGAUAUGCAUCAAGCGGAUGCCAUGCAAGAUGCCCCUGAAGCUUCUCACGAUACUUCUGCCAUCAAAACAUCGUCCCCGACGCUUCGCCGCUCUACUCGCGGCUCUCAGCGGAAUGAUGAUGAACCCCCAGCUCAAGUCUCAGAAUCUACGCAGGAGAAUGCUCAAGAUCAAGAGACCCCGCGGCCCCCAUCAAAGAAACGACCGCGCAGGUCUCUUCACCUUGAUGAUGAGCCCGAAACUCAAGUCUCCGAAUCUACCCAGGAGCCUGGCCAAGAUCAAGAGACCGGGCGACCCCCAUCGAAGCGGUCACGCAAAUCCCUUCGUCUCGAUGAUGAAUCUACCCAAGCCAGUACUCACGAGACUUCAAGCCAAGCGAAGUCAGCUCGGGACACUCGUUCUCGCAAAACACGGUCUUCUAGACAAGAAAGUCAGUCUCAGUCUCAGCCCGAGACUGAGGCCGUUCAGGAUUACCAAGUUGACCAGGACAUUGUUCUCGACAGCAAUAUUGGUCAAGAAAGGCCAGACCAACCAAGCAUCCCCUUCGUCUCUACCGAGGAAGCCACCGACUCUCAGAUGACAUAUAUGGGCUCAUCCAUCGAUGUAAAAGUGGGCAUGGAUGUGGAUGAAAGACCCGCCGUCAUAAUCGAGCAGGUCGCGAACAUUAGCGAUGCUGAAUACCACACCACACCAAAACUCCCCCAGCCCGACCCUUGUGAAGAGGGCAUGGCCCAGUCACUGAAGAAGCUCUUGGGUGAUAUGAAAUCCACUACUUUGGGACCCGAGGCCCUCCGUGAGGUCGACGACCUCCUUUUCAACAUUCGUGUCGAAGCGCAUGAAGCCUCACGCCGACAUAAUGCAUAG